UACAAUGUGAACGCCUUCAUCUCAUCAGAUGGAGUCCGUGUUGUUACCGACCUGGCUUGCCUUGCACAUCUGCACAUCACAAGAGCCAAGGGUAUUUCAGUUAUCCAGACAAACCUUCUCCGAGCAAGUCAUGAGCAAGUCGAGCGUGAAAGUGGCGGCGCUAAGAACCUUGAGUGGUGGUGGUGCCAACGCAAAUGGGAGGAGGUCAAACAGCCUUCCGGUGUUAUCAAGCGCCAGCGUGUCAGCAAAGCUGUCGGCCCAAUCAGUUUUCAUGAGGACAAAAUAGAAGAUUCCAACAGCAAUCCGGUAUCUGAGCGAUUUGGGGAUCAAGAGUCGCGGAAUUACUUCGAGGAAUUGCAUCAGCAGCAACAAACUCAAUCUUCAGGACAGGCUUUAUCUGUGCAAGGUUGGAUGCCGGCACGCAGGGUCAUUCAAUUGAAGUGGUCCAUACCUCGUCUUUUACGGGCACAUCAAUCAGCAACAGGUGGGCUGAAUAGUUGCAAGAUUGGCUGA